AUGGCAGUCGUAUUAACUCCUCUCGUUGGAUCAUGUGUCAAUAGGUUGCUAGAUAUCAUAGCAGAUGAGACAAUUAUGAUCCUAGGGGCGAAAGACGAUCUUGAUAUUCUACACCAAACAAUACAUCAUAUACAAUACUAUCUUCAGGAUGCCGAGCAAAGGAGAAUGGAAGAUUUAGCAGUUAACAACUGGCAUGGUGAGCUACGGGAUGCAAUCGAUGAGGCUGAUGAUAUUUUCGACCUAAUUGAAGGAAGGAAGCUACUUAAAGAUAUUCCUUCAUCAUCAAGAAACACACCUGCAUGUAGUGGCAUUUCAUUCUUAUCUUGCUUUACUGAUAUUCUGAAGCGUCAUAACAUUUCUGUUAAAAUCAGAAAGGUCAACACCAGAAUAGAGAAUAUCUCGAAGCUGGGUCAAAGUUUUCUAACACGUUCUGAUGUGGCACCUGUUGGUCAAAGAGCAAUAUCUAGAUCAAGAAAGAGUUCCAACCUUGUUGAACCUAACCUUGUCGGGGAGGAGAUCAAUCAUUCUAGUAGGAAGUUGGUGGAGUUGGUGCUUGCAAACAAGGAAAAUAAGUUUUACAAACUUGCAAUUGUUGGAACUGGAGGAGUUGGCAAGACAACACUAGCUCAGAAAAUAUUCAAUGAUGAAAGAAUAAAGGGGAACUUCAAGAAACACUUGUGGAUUUGUGUUUGA